CGGAGGAAGUAAAUUUUAUUCGAUAUCAAAGUUGCUUUUUUGGCAAAAUUUACGUGCUCUCCCUUUUCCCCCGUCGGACCUUCCCUCUUCUUGUACAGUCGUACUGGUGUUCUACAGCUCUUCGCUCUUGAUUCUCAUGUAAUGUGGGAUUUUUCCAGUUGCAGGUAAUUUUUGCUUGCAAUCUCCAAGGAAUCACAUAUUGUUCAUAUUCAAAGUGAUUUCAUCUCUGUGUUGUGCAAUUGUGAUUUAUUUUCGCGAGGAAUUUCGGGCUACGUAAGAAGGGAUACCCAUUUUGUUUAAUGAUGGUGGAGACGAAGCCUUUCAAGACAAAAUUAUGUGUCCUUUAUGGGAGGGGUCGUUGUGCGCGCGAAACUUGUACGUUUGCUCAUGGAGAUUCCGAGCUUCGACGCUUUUCGGCUUCCUUACCGGAUAGGCGAAUUGACAGGGACAAUGACUUGAGGAGUAAGCUGGACAGGAAGCGUUCUCCACUUCGUAGAUGUUCCCCCGAAAGAGAUGCAAGAGGAUCACAUGCAUAUAAAAGAAUUAGUCCUUCACAUCCAAGUAAAAGAAGAAAAUUACGGACACAUGAGUACUUGGAAGGUCCGAAUGGUUUUUCUGAGGGCUCCAAAAAUGAAGAAGGAUCAGCAGAUAGCAGGAAGGAUAAAAUGCAUGUAUCCGGUGAAUCAAGAAAGAUGCUUGAGGAUGAGCUGAAGCAAAUCCAAUAUGAGGUUGAUGUGUUGUUUAACCAAAAAAGUCAGAUGGAGAUUGAACUGGAGGAGAGGGUGCAAGAAGCAGAUAGCCUCUCUUCUAAGAUUCAAGAUCUCGAGGCUCAACUGGCUGGAGAGAAGGAUAAAUCUAAAAGAGUUGAUUCAAAAAUUAAGAAGCUCGUUAGGGCCCAUGUUCAUCACACACGGCUGCAAGAUGAAGUGAAGAGGUCACAGCUUCAACUUGAGCAGCUGGUGGGGCAGCUUGUUAGAGAUGCUACACCAUUUAGUGCUAUUGAAAAGCUGAAUGUCAAUAUUAAUCAUGAGGAAAAAGUUCUAGAACUGAAAGACUCUGUUCCAUCUGUGAGGAAACAGCCACACAGUAGCAUGGAAGCCUCACAAGGGUUAAAAUCAGUAUCCGUGGCAGAAAAUACAGCAAGAGGAAAUGGAGUCAGAGUUUUGGGUUCUAGUAGAAAUCCACUUGUGCGCAUUGACUGUCAGCAAGAAGCUGAAAUUAGGAACAAGAGAAAAGAUGUGGCAGGACCAUAUACUGAGAGCAACCCCCGGAUGCGAAAUAAUGCCUCUAAGCACUUUGAUCCUUUGGAUAAGCAGGUGAAAUCUUUAGAGUCAAGUCUUGUGGCACCACCAACCAGCAUGGCUGCUCAUGCAGUUGAUGACUUUAUUGAGCUAAUGGAGGCAGAAGAGAAUCCUGAGGUGCUAGGAACUCCUACAAAUUUUGGGAGUAGCUUGCCAUUUCUACUUCCUCCCCUUCCUACUAUGUCACAAAAUAACUACUUUCAGGAUGAGGGUAAUGAUGCAAAUGUUGAUGUAGACGGACAUGAAGAAGAUAUUGAGGAAGUGGAUAUAGUGUAAAUGCUAGAUAAUAGGGUUUAUCUAGUUAUAGGUUUUUGCUUUGUCACUGCCAGUACUUUCUACCAAAAAUUGAACCUUGGCCAUUUUUUGAAUCGGGCAUUACCAAGAUGCUUCAGUGUAGAGAUGUAGUUCGGCCAUUGCACUCACUUAACUUCAUGUAGUAUGAUUACUCGAUGUAAAAAAAAAAACCCUGAUGUACGUUAAAUUCGGCGAUUUGAGUCUGCUACACUGAGUAUGCAAAUAUCAUAUAUAUCGCCAAGUCUCUUAAGCAUU